CACAAUUCCUUAGAUUGAUAAGGAUUUACUUCGGUUCCGUUGCUAUAAAAGGAAAUUAUACUGUUUUCAAAUUAUUCUCAAGUUUAAACUCAAAGAAUAAACAAACCAAAAUGGUCUUCAAAGCUGUACUUUUCGUCUGCGCUCAGGCUCUUUUGAUGCAGUCCAUCGCUGGGCAGUGCAUCAGCGCUGGCUAUGCCGGGGCUCCGUUGGGUGCUAUCGGCGCCCCGUGGGGCGCUAUCGGGGCUCCGUGGAACGGAGUCUGCGGCGCCGAGCUGGUUGCCACUCCUGCGUUUUCCGGCGGCGCCCUGCCAGUGGCCAGCGCCUCCGCUAUCCCACCGAACGGAGUUUCCGUGCUAUCUGAGAACGCUUAUGCAGGAGAGCUCGCUGUCCGCGGCGCUCUGCCGUUCUUGGGAACUGCGGCUCUAGAGGGCAUCCUGCCGACUGCUGGUGCUGGUGCGGUCGCGUACGGUUGCGGCAACGGAGAGGUCGCUAUGCUGACUGAGGGCAUUGGCGCUGCUGGUAUCGCUGGCCCGCUCGGCUAUGGCGCCGCUCUUGGUCCCUACGGCUACGGCUAUGACGGUCUGGGCUAUGGCGCCGGUAUUGGCUCAUUGGGCUACGGCUACGGCUAUGAUGGUCUGGCUCGCGGUGGCUGCGGGUAUGGACGUGCUUUCAUCUAAGAAGAUUUUAUUUGAAUAUCCAUGAUCCUGUACUCUAUAGUAGUACAUUGAAGAAUGCAGUUAUCCUAUGCUGCAUAAAACAUGAAUGGAAUUAUUUAAUAGUCAAAAUAAAUCUGAUCGAAUCACGAA